AUGUCCAGCUAUCCACACCUUGCGCUCGAAAAGAUGGUCAGAGAAAGUUCAGGUGCAUGCAUGAUCACGGUCGAAAAGGGCUACUGGUCCCCUUGCAUGCGAGAGACAUGGAUGCCUCACGUCAACAUUUGUGGAGAUGACGGCUGCGACGUGCAUUCGACUGGCACUGGCGUCUGUUCAGUGAGGGUUGAUGGGGCAGCCUACUCGUUGACGCAUUGCGGCGUCUUCCCCGCACCAGCUGUGAAUCAAGCGCAAGGGAAAGAUGUGCAUUUGUUCUGCCCAGCGGCCGUACCCAUUGCCGUCUUCCCUAUUUUGAAGUGCGCUCAUACCGCACUGUCCCAGUGGCUGGCGAAGCUGGAAAGCGCUGAGACCCAGCAGGCCGUGUGGAAGUUGCUCAGCGAGUUCCACCUGUCCGGAAAGGUCAGUUAUUUGGAAGCGGCCAAGAAACGGCAUCACUAUGCCGAGGUCAACAAACUUUGGCUUCAGAAUGAGGUGAACUAUGGUGGUCCAGAAUCCUUCUUCAAUACUUUACUUGAUGACGUGAAUUUGCUGGGGCACAACGCCACCUUGCCCUCCAAAGUGGGCUGGUCCCUGAAAUUCACCUCCCGUUUGUUGUUUGCCACCGGUGGCUCCUUGCUCCCCGACAGCCACCUCUAUCUGCCCCCACACCUCUGUGGUGCUUGCUGUGCCACCGGUCGCAACCGCCUUCCUGUCGUGGUGGUGCGAAACCCCUUCAGUCGAUUGGCGUCCGGCUGGCGUUUGACUGUGUUCCUUCCACUUCAAUGGUCCUUGCAGCGGCCGCUCAACAGCACAGACCUGGGUGCGCAAGAUACGGUGGCAGCGCUACAAGAACUCUCCGAUUUUGGAAGUUUUGUCUCUUUUGUGCAACUGUUGCUGGCUGGCAAAGCUGCUCUGAACACUGUCCUGGAGGUGGCCAAAGCCGAGCGCUUGAUUGACGGCCGUGUGCCGGUUUGGCCGGCGAGCCAUCCCUUGAGUCUUGGUGAUUUGCUGCACCUGAUUCCGGUGAGCGAAUUCUUGCAGACGGCGCCAAAAGAGUGGCGGCAGCAGAAAAUGAUGUUUCUGCACAUGGAACAUUUGGAGGAAGAUCUAGAGACCUUGGCAAAAGUCCUAUGUUCCAGCUACAGCUACUGUGAAAAACUGCCCAGUUUUCCACACAUCAAGCCCACUGAUGAACAUCCCCGAGAGCAGUGGGGACAAGCUGAGCAAUCGAGCUGGAUUUAUUUUCGCAAGCGAUUGCAGUGGACCCCAAACCUGGCCGAGCAGGCCGCCGGGAUCUAUUCGGAGGACUUCCAGCUGUUGGGCUAUGAUCCCAGACGUCCGGAGCAACAGGAUCCAUUGCAUCCGCCGGACUUGCCAGGGAUGAAAGUUGCUCCCCUUGAAGCCAGAAAUAUUGUGCCCUUGGUCUACGUGUGGCUUGUCGCCAUUUGCGUCAUGCUAUCGCGAACUCGCUUUGGGGGACCUCUGGCAGUGAAUAUCGGUGGCCGAGCCAUUGUUCAGCACAGCCUGUUGCAGAUCUUCGUUGGAGCCUCCAUCGGCUUCCCGCUGGGUGUUGCAGCUUUCUGGUUGUACCUUGGGCAAAGAGGCUGGUGGCUGGGAGUGGUUCUGGCACUGGUUGUGAUGUCUCUGGUCACGGUUCUGGCAUCGAUUGUUCAACGGAUCCCUCCUCCAAAGGUGGAGCGAAAGGACAGCGAAUCAGCAGAUAACGACACCACUGGAAGCGGAACUCCAGAGGUGCUGGACUUUGGAGCCAAUCAAUCUUCGAACUUGGAUGGCACCAAAUAA